AUGCGUGUUAAGACGUCGUGCGUCAACGACCAGCUUAUCGGAGCCCAUGUACUGUCGACGAUAGUGCCUCCAACACCGGAAGAUCCGUUCCGAGCCGUGACCAUCAAGUGGAUGGAAAAGGGUCAACGAUUGCCGGUACGUGCAGUAGUUAAGAACCGAGAUUUCGUGUAUAUGGAGUCCACAGGCGUCGAUUAUCUGCGCAACGGCGAACGUAUCGGAUACCAGCUCAUCCACUCCGUACAGUUCCUCGAGACACCGCCACUGAAUCAAUACAUUCGCGGUAAUAUGUCAAUGUGUGCCUGUUAUCGUCAGAAAGACCCGUACUCCACAGAAGUGUUUAUCAAAGGAUAUCUAAACCCCGCGGGAGGACUCAUGCGUUCUAUUGUGCUCCACUCAGCAGCUGCAGCGUUAUUAUCCGUGUCGAAGAAUGUAUACUGCGCGCAGAUGAAGAAGCUCGUAUGGACAAUCAGGAAUCGUCUAACGACUAGCGAAUCGGAUUCAGCGAUCGCAAAGGCUUCGGACAGAUGCGUCACGUGCCAAGAGACAUCGAAGCAAACGCUUAAGUUCUUGGCAGGCAAAAAGCAGCGACGUACGUGUAAGAUCUGCUUCCGAUACGUGUGCAAGACGUGUCGUGAGGUGCGUAAACUCAGCUUCAUGCUGUCGGAUCAUCGACUGGUGGAGCAAGAGGUCUCCUUUUGCAGUCCGUGUCUGAGCGAAGCACUCGAAUCCAAGGCUCAAGCGAUCGCGAGGGACGAGGUGAUAAUGCGCGGUGAAUUAUAUGAAUGGAGCGAUACGUACGGCAGCUCGUCUGGCAAUGAUCCCGUGCUGCUCGGCAAUCUCAAUGAUCACUAAACCUUGGAGAGGAGCUUGAUAUUUGGUGGAGAUCACGGUAAUACACGGAAUAAAAUUCAAUUCUGAAG